AUGUAUGAAGAUUUGUUGGAAGAAUUUGUAGGUUGCCAAAAGGAGGGCCAGGCGGCGGAACAAAUAAUCCGUCGUUUUGGUUCCUACCUUGGCAGACAAUUAGAUGAAAAGUCUGUUGAACUCCUUCAAAUACACAGGGAGAGAUGCAAAGAGGGAUCAGCACUGGAAAUAAUACGUAAAUGUCUUGAGAAGCAGAUAGAGACGUCAUGUUGUUUAGGGAAUGGGGAAGAUGUGAAUAUUAAACUCAACGGCGUUGGAGUGAGGUUCACUAUUGAUCGACAUAUGGGAAUGCUUUUGCGUGAUUAUUUGGUUAUUCGUAACAACGGUGAAGUUGUGCUAGACUUCAAGGAUGGAGGAGGACGGUCACUUCAGAUCGAGCCAGGACGUAAGGAAGUGAUUCCUGGUCCUGUGACCCUGACAUAUUCUAUAAACAAUAUUCGAUAUACUUAUUACCUCGCAUUGACAACAAGAACAUCAUCAUCAAUUCAAGUGAAAUCCUAUGGGGGAACGCAUAGCUUGCUUGAUGAAUGUCAGGACGGUGCAGUAUUAUUUUAUAAAAAUAACUGGAAUCCGUUGCUGUCCAAUCAUUCAAUGAGACAGUUAAGUUAUAGACGUACACAUGAUGAAACCCAAAGACGUUUUGAUGUUUCUCAGAGUGAUAUAUAA